AUGGCAUUCAUGGAGAAGACCAAAGCUUCCUGUGCUGCCAUUUUCCACACAAAAAAGAGCGACAAGUCUACGCAGUCCGCACCAAGUGCCCAAACCCGCGCAACUGACUCUUCUCCAAUCAAAUCACCACACCCGCAACAGCAAGACGAUGAUAGUGACAGAGACCCAUUCAGCGCUCUCAGCGAAGUAUCGGAUCGGGAGCCCAUCGAGAGAACUUCUAGUGGGGGGUUGCCGCGACGUUCUUCAAUCGAACAGCGGAUGACGAAUAUGGCACAUUCACCUCACACGGACGAUGGAGACAUGUUUGAGGCUCUAACGGUUUGGAAUCAUUUCGUAAUUAAUUUACCAACUAUCUACGAUUUCACGAUUUUCAAGUUGGAUACGACCCUCUGCCCCGACGCCGCGACCUGCGCGACUAACUGUGCUGUGAACGGCGCAGACUACGAGCUCACCUACGUUGUGACUACCGAUAUCGAUGCCUUCUCCCUGACCUUCGUCACUCGAUCCAACAUCGGUCCUUGUCUGUAUCUGAUGGAGGAUGAGAACACCUACCAGAUGUUCAGGCUGCUCAACCAGGAGUUCUCCUUUGAUGUGGAUGUUUCCAACCUCAGAUAUGGUCUGUACGAGGCUCUAUACUUCGUGUCCAUGGAUGCUGACGGCGGUCUCUCCGGUAUGAGCACCGCCAUGGAAAAUGAUAUAGUCCUGGUCAUGAGCUUGUGGGAUGACCACUACUCCGACAUGCUGUGGCUCGACAGUGAAUACUCAACCAACGCCACUGUUUUGGGCCUCGGUGUUGAUCGUGGUACUUGCGCUAAAACCUCUGGUGCGCUGGACACUAUUGAGUCGAGCGAUGCGUCUUACACCUUGGCAUUCUCCAAUAUCACGGUCGGCCCGAUUGGAUCGACUUACUCUUCGUAA